AGUCGGGGUUCUGGAGGACUCCUUCACCUUCCUGGGCAUCUUCUUGGCUAUCGUCUUGUUCCCCUUUGGGUUCAUCUGCUGUUUUGCCUUGAGGAAGCGAAGAUGCCCCAACUGUGGAGCAAACUUUACUUAAAGGGAACAACACACCUGGCUUUCCUACAGUCAGCUAUCUUUUUCUAAUGUAAAUGUCGUGUACAAUAGCUUUAUUUGAUUAAGCUUCAGGACUGUUUUGUAAAGUGCGGUGGGUGGAUUGCGCACUGCGGGCCGGCCGAGGUUUCACGGCACAGGGGUCGCGGGGUGUGGCUCCCAGGAUUAACGACAGCUCAAUAAAGCACUGCUUUUAUUUUUCGCAGUCUUCAAUUUGAGAAAGGUGAGAAAAACUGUUUUAAAUAAAUGAGAUCCAUACCAUUGUU